UUUUUGUGCUACAAUCUUAAACAUGAGCGGAAAGUCGAAAGUAAACCCGACGUACUUUGCCGUUCCCGGCAUUGGCUGGUGGAUUGCCAUUCUCGGUGGCCUGCUCGCCUUUGAGGUUUCUGCAUUCCAUCCCGACUCGUUCCCAUUUGCCGUUCUGGGACCUCUUGCGAGCUUUGUCAGGUGGCUGUCGUACGAGCACAGCUUGAGCAUGCAGAUUGGAUUUGUCGUUGCCAUCGUCGUGCACGUAUUCGAAGGCGCCUACGCCUACUCUCUCGCAUCCAAGCUCAAGUUGCAGCCAAAGACAGUUGCUGCAUGGACCAUCCAGUCGUUCAUCUGUGGCUUCCCCUCGUUGCGCCUUCUGCUGGCCUACAAGCGCAAGAUCGAACGCAGCAAGUAAAUUGAUUUUUUUUUUUUCUUUACCGUUCAAUGCAUUGUCGUCGCGAUGUAGUCGAUUCGAGCAAUACACAAUGCAAUCCUGCGAGAAUAGAACACAACCCCUCC